GCUCUACCUGCAUACGCUGAGAGAUGCAGGCAGUGGCAGCAUAAUAAAAAUUGCAAGUAUGCCACGGCAGGCCGGUUGCCCCUAUCACUCGAGUAAGGCAAGAAGUUUAUGUGCACCUACGGCAACGGGAAUUUCCCGGAUGACUUCUUACCUGACAUUCCGAUUUGGAAGAUAGCGUCGAAGUAUACUGUACGUGCUGCUAUCUCGCCUCCCUUCUGGGCACCCUUCGUGGACGAGAUGUAUAUCCCUGAUAUCAGUAAAAUUCUCAAUGGAUGUGGGAGCUGUGGGAAACCAAAGGAUGAGAAUGGCAAGGCGCUUUUGACUUGUGGGCAGUGCAAGGACCAGAAAUACUGCUCUCCCGAGUGUCAGAAAGCACACUGGAAGGUGCACAAGAGGGUUUCCAAGUAGUAUGUUUGUCUAGUACACUGUACAGGUUAAUUGGAAAGUCGAGCGAGCUACGUAUACUAGAUUGUAGAG